AUGGACUACUAUCCGUCUUUUACCGAUUUCCCUUAUAUCGCGCCUAUAUCUCUCUCUGAUCCCCAUACAUACGAUCCCCAUGAUCCCUCUCUAUCAGUCGACCACCCAUUCCUCACUCACGCUUCCCAGCUCCAAUUCCAUCUUUCGCCCCUGGAUCAAGCCAAAUCCCACGAAUCAAUGACCCCGCAAGCCUGUGAUCCACACCAAGAUACCUCGCUAGCUAUGACCUAUUACCCCCCUGAGUUCUCGGCCUGGAACAACAGCCUCUCAACAAUCUCAGACCCUCAAAGCCCCCGCAGCAACGGUGGCAGUAUACUUGGCAUGAGCUACAUCGCUUCUCCGACAAUGCGAUCCGAGGAGCUGACUAUCCCCACCCUUAACGAGUACCCCGCGCCCGACGGUCUUCUCGAUAUCGAUCAUAAUCAGAUGCUUCUCACUGAACCGCACUUUGACGGGCCUCUCGAUCACUGCUCCCCUUUUGAUCAGGAUUUUGAUCUCUGGUCUGGCAGUCAAUCCGAUCGGAAUGCCACACCAGAACAGCUAUGGUCUUCUCCUCGCCCUAUAGAUAUGGCCCUUUCACAACCAGAACAACAUAUUCGCCGCUCCAAGGGCCGCCCGUCAUCUUCAAAUUCUACUUCCACUUCAAAGGGGGUUCGCAAAUCCACAGAGCGACGACCAACUUCUGUUUCUAGUCGUAGUCGACGUCGCCGCGGUACCAGCAACGCAGAUUCUGGUGCUACUCGAACAUUCGUGUGCAGUUUUGCUCCAUACGGGUGUGAAAGUACUUUUGUCUCAAAGAAUGAAUGGAAGCGCCAUGUUACUUCCCAACAUUUACAGCUGGGCUUUUACCGCUGCGAUGUGGGGAAAUGCGCUCAACAUCAGCACACACCAUCGUCCCCCUUAUUCUCUACACCUCCAUCAAUAUCAGCCCAAAUAAUCAUGCCUGCUUCAAAAUAUACCUCACGGUCAAAGUCUAUAUCAAGUGGAAGGGGCUCUACACCCCCACUACCAAAUUCAACAAAUGAUUUCAACCGCAAAGACCUCUUCACUCAGCACCACCGCCGCAUGCACGCGCCAUGGCUUCAGGCUGGGCACCGACGAGCCCCUACCGAAGCCGAGCAUGGGGAGUUUGAAGCUAGUCUUGAAGAGGUACGUCAGCGCUGCUGGCACGGUCUCCGGACUCCGCCUCUGCAGAGUCACUGUGGAUUCUGCAGGGAGGUGUUUACAGGCGAGGGGAGCUGGGACGUGCGCAUGGAGCAUAUCGGUCGCCAUUUUGAGAGGGAUGAUCAAAGCCUUCUGGGGGAUGAGGCUGAGGAUCUUGCGUUGAGGGAAUGGGGGCUUCAACAGGGUAUACUGGUUGUUGUCGAUGGAGGGUUUAGGCUGGCUUCGUUGGUGGGGCUUGGGCUCCAACUAUAA